GGGAAGAAAAAGAAAAAAGUAUUUCAUUGAUCCAAAAAAUUAUAGAAUAGUAAACUUUGUGCAAUUACUUCUUUUCCAAGACAAACCUACUAAAACAAGAAUAUAUAUAUACAUAUUCUUAUAGAACAACUUAGUAGAUAUGGAAAUAUUAGCUGACUUUUCACUGUGACAAAAUACAUGAUAGGAGUGACUUCAUUUUAGAGGGAGACCUGACUUUGGCCUGUGCCUUCAAAGGGUCUUAAUCCAACUGUGCCAAGAGAGUGGUAAGAGUGACUCCGUAUGGGCAGGGGUGUGGUGUAACUGGUCACACCGAUACAUCUGACAAGAAGUCAGUGCUAAAUUGGAGAUUUAAAAAGUAUUGAGUUGUCAGGAGGUAGAUGAUAAAGUCGCCUAGUAAGAAGCUGGUACUUUAUUUUGAUGAGAAAAAUGUACACAGGGUCAAAGUCCAGAGAAAUGUAGUAGAGGCUUAAGGAGCAGGCAGAGAAUAAGAAAAGAUACUUGGGAGGUGGAAUGAAUCAUCAUACUUGUGUGUGAUGUCAUAGAAGCCCAGCAUUUACAAGGAAGCAGUUGGAAAAGGAUGAAUUAGCAAUGUGUAAUGCCAAGAAUCUUUAGCAGAAUUCCUUAGAUACCAUUUUAAGUGCUGUGGUGGUCGGGGUGAAAACAUACAGCCUGUUAGCUUAGGGCAGUUCCUUCACCUUCUUCUAUAUGAAAGCCCAGGAAGGUCAGCUCCUAGCAAAUACACUGGCUGUAGCAGCAGUAUAAAAACAUAAGCGUUUGCCCCAUCCUCUUUAACAUCAUUCUUUUCCUUGGUGAGGAAACAUUUACUUUUUCAUCUUAAAUCAGUUUUGACCCAAAUACUGCAUAUUUCUCUAAUUUGUCCCUCCAUCCUCCUUCCCAUCCUUCCAAGAGACAAGCUCUGUCUGACUCCUUAGCCCAGACUGGCUGAGGGCUUCUAGCCUCCUACUGCAGCCUCUUAAAUUAUAGGUACGUACUGCACCCAGCUUCUUACUACUUUCUGAUUAAGAACAUUAGAAUGUGAGUCUUUCUAAUUGGAUUGCUUGAGCAAAUUUUUUGGUGACCUUUCUUUCUUUUGCUGCUUUUGAGAUCUAGGCGAAGACUCUCAUUUUGUUAGUAGAGCCAGGAAGCAGGCAGUUUCCAUGGUAACCGACAGGCUGAGUUUACUGUGGAAAUUUCCGGAAUUAACAGAGCUGCAUUGCAGAAGGAUGCAUAGAGCAGCAGUAUUCAUCUAGAGAUCUUCACAGCGUAUGCAGAGAGGAGCAGUUAUCGGGAUAUGUGCAUGUUUAUUUUCUUGUCUAAGGAAGAUUGUGUGUGUGUGUGUGUCUGUGUGUGUGUUCACUUGUGUGCAUGUGUGUGCGUGUUGAGAGAGUUAAACAGCUUUGAGGCAUUUCAUACAUCCUGGCUUGGUAACCUGGAGCUUGCUUGAAGACAAAAAUGAAAAUGUGGUUUGGAAAGGAGGAUCUGCUUGGUGGCACUAGGAGAGAAUUAGCUCUCAGCUUUCAAACUCCAAACAGUAACAAACACAUUUGGAGUUUUAAUGAAAAUGAUUGGAACCAAAGCAAGAAUCUGAGUUAUGAGGAAUGAGACUCAUGGCUAUGCCACUGGAAACAAACUGAUUCAGAAGAAGCACCAAAGAGAGACUGAGAACACACAGCAUUGAGUCAUCAGGAAAACUGAAGAUCUCCCCUGAACAACACUGGGAUUUCACUGCAGAGGACUUGAAAGACCUUGGAGAAAUUGGACGAGGAGCUUAUGGUUCUGUCAACAAAAUGGUCCACAAACCAAGUGGGCAGAUAAUGGCAGUUAAAAGAAUACGAUCAACUGUGGAUGAAAAAGAACAAAAACAACUUCUCAUGGAUUUGGAUGUAGUGAUGCGGAGUAGUGAUUGCCCAUACAUUGUUCAGUUCUAUGGUGCACUCUUCAGAGAGGGCGACUGUUGGAUCUGUAUGGAGCUCAUGUCUACCUCGUUCGAUAAGUUUUACAAAUAUGUAUAUAGUGUGUUAGAUGACGUGAUCCCGGAAGAGAUCUUAGGCAAAAUCACUUUAGCAACUGUGAAAGCACUAAACCACUUAAAAGAAAACUUGAAAAUUAUUCACAGAGACAUCAAACCUUCCAAUAUUCUUCUGGACAGAAGUGGAAAUAUAAAGCUCUGUGACUUCGGCAUCAGUGGACAGCUCGUGGACUCUAUUGCCAAGACGAGAGAUGCUGGCUGUAGGCCGUAUAUGGCACCUGAAAGAAUAGACCCAAGUGCAUCAAGACAAGGGUAUGAUGUCCGCUCUGAUGUCUGGAGUUUGGGGAUCACAUUGUACGAGUUGGCCACAGGCCGAUUUCCUUAUCCAAAGUGGAAUAGUGUAUUUGAUCAGCUAACACAAGUGGUGAAAGGAGACCCUCCCCAGCUGAGUAAUUCCGAAGAAAGGGAGUUCUCCCCCAGUUUCAUCAACUUUGUCAACUUGUGCCUUACGAAGGACGAGUCCAAAAGGCCAAAGUACAAAGAGCUUCUGAAACAUCCCUUUAUUUUGAUGUAUGAAGAACGUACUGUAGAGGUCGCAUGCUAUGUUUGUAAAAUCCUGGAUCAGAUGCCAGCUACUCCCAGCUCUCCCAUGUAUGUCGACUGAUACUGCUGCUACAUCAGACUCUAGAAAAAAAGGGCUGAGAGGAAGCAAGACGUAAAGAGUUUUCAUCCUGUAUCACAGUGUUUUUAUUGCUCGCCCAGACACCAUGUGCAAUAAGAUUGGUGUUCGUUUCCAUCAUGUCUGUAUACUUCUGUCACCUCGAAUGUGCAUCCCUGUAAUACCUGACUGAUCACAGUGUUAGUGCUGGUCACAGAGACCUCAUCCUGCUCUUUGUGAUGAACAUAUUCAUGACGUGUGGAAGUCAGUACGAUCAAGUUGUUGACUGUGAUUAGAUCACACCUUAAAUUCAUUUCUAGACUCAAAACCUGGAGAUGCAGCUACUGGAGUGGCGUUUUGUGAGCCUUCCAAAGGCUGGAAGGACACAGUCAUGGAUGUACUAUAUCUGAACAUAGAGACCUGGGCUUGAGUGAGAAGAGCUUGCACAGCCAGUGAGACACAUUGCCUUCUGCAGGUGGGAGACAAAGGAAGGAUUUCCUUUUUUCACCAAGUGCAAUAGAUUUGCUGAUCUGAUAUUCUGUUCCUUUACAGUCACAGUCGAUGUUGGGGGAUCGAUGUGCUCAGCCAAAUUCCCUGUUCAAAACAUGUUAAAUUAGAAUUAAUCUAUCUUUACCAAAACCUAUGUUGCUUUCAGAGAGGUGAACAUUAAACGCUGAGACAGGACAGAAUGUGUUCUUUGUCCUUUUCCAGCCCUGCUCAUCACUGGGAAGAUAUAGGAGUCUACCACUUGUCAUAGAAGGGUACUGCCAACUUGAUGCUCUACCUGCCACCAACCGCCAGGAAUGAACGAAGGAAACAGUACUGAGGGCAAAGUUUACAGAUGUUUUUGAUUCUGGUAUUUUGUCCAGAAUAGCUUGUAGCAGCUAUAGAUUCCUCCUUGGCCCCAAGCCUGGGACUCGAGCCAUCCUAACUCACUAACAGGGAGAAUUAGCUGGUAGCAAUGUGCCUUGAUGAAGAUUUCCUCCAGGCAGCAAACACCAAAUCACAACUCUUUGCUUCUUGCCAUUGUGGGCCAGGUCCUCGGUUUUUAACCCUUUCCCUUCCCCACAGUUUGUUGUCACCAUGUGGCUUUGGCUCAGUCCAAUAUUCCACUGUUUUUCACAUUGGGAACCCUCGCAUUACCGGGGAUGCUACUUACCACAAUCUGUAACCCUGAAUCUCUCCUGUGCUCUGAUGUUCAGAAAGCUGAGACAGCUGGGCCCAGUUGAUGUUGUAGGUGAGAAAGAGGCAGUCUGUUGGAGAGGCAUAUUUGAGCAGAAUAAAGAUUUGAAAUGUCAGCCUUUCAGAUAAGCAUGUCUGUCACCCGAUGGGGCCUCUACCAGUUCACUAUCUCCCUUGGAAGUGGAGUUUUACCCACCUCUGCCCCCAAAAGACAAAAUGAAAAAGAAGCCACUUCAUCUCAUGUGCUGCUUGUCUUCAGCCCAUUAGUCAGGCCCUGAGAUCAGGCUCUGCACAGCCGUUAAGCAGCACUGGUAGUUGGUCUACCACACAGGUGAUGCCUGCCAUGCAGGAUCUAUCCCUGGAGGGCACUGCUGUGUCUCCCAGAGUGGCACUCAAAGUACUGUCAAACAAUAAAGGAGAAUGGUGCUGUUUGAAGUUACAUCCCUCUCAUUGGAGGAUUUAAAAAUGAUUUAUCUCUUCGUCCACUUGCCUCAUUUCCCCAUUUUCCACCCCUGGCCCCCUAACCCUUAGAUUCUCUGUAUUCCAUAAGGAGACAUUAUGGGAUGUCUUCCUUAAGCUGCACCAAGCCAUUGUCCUCUGUUGCUCCCAGGACCCAAGAGGCAUCUGUUUCUGUGCUGUCAGCUUCCUGUCUGGCUCAGUAUAGCCUCACUCCGCCAUUAUGCAAAUGGAAAUCAAAGCAAUUCUGACUGUCCAGGAGCUAUCUCACUUUCUGCUGUGUGGGUGACCACAUAAAAAGGCAAUUUUAGUGUAUUAAUCAUAGAUUAUUAUAAACUAUAAACUUAAGGGCAAGGAAUUUAUUACAAUGUAUCUUUAUUAAAACAAAGGGUGUAUAGUGUUCACAAACUGUGAAAAUAGUGUAAGAACUGUACAUUGUGAGCUCUGGUUAUUUUUCUCUUGUACCAUAUGAAAGUAUAUAAAAAUUAUCAAAAAGCUGAUGUGCAGGGAUAUUGCCUUAUUUGUCUGUAAAAAUGUAGCUCAGUAACAUAACUGCUUCUUGGAGCUUUGGAAUAUUUUAUCCUGUAUUCUUGUUUGAAUCCUUCCUCUAUUUAAAACAUAGCCAUGGAGUCCACAUGUUUAUGGAAUAGUCUACCCUUUGCCUGCAGGUCAGUUGUAAUAAAUCUAGGUUGUGAUGAUG